AUGCCACUACCACCACCUGGUCUGUCAUUCUUCCCCCCAGGGCAGGUGGCCCGAGUCUGUGAGGCCCUGCAAGAGAGUGGGGAGUUCGAGCGUCUGGCACGGUUCCUUUGGGCCUUGCCACCUACCCUUGCCCACAGGUGCCACCAGGCCCCUCCAUGGGUGCCGGCCUGCCCUGAGCUGGAGCUGCUGGGCCCCCACACCUCAGCCCUGCUAGCACCCUAUUUCAGCCAGGCCUCACCCUGUGGGGCCCCAGGGACCUUGGGGGGCCUGGACCAGUACCCAUCAUGCAGGAGACUAUCAUUCUCAGCCUUCCCCAACAGCAACAUCCAGCACAGGGCCAGCAGCUUCAAGGAGAAGACACGGAACCUGCUGCGGGAAUGGUACCUGCAGGACCCCUACCCCAACCCCUCCCGCAAGCGCCACCUGGCCCAUGCCACUGGCCUUACCCCCACCCAGGUGGGGAACUGGUUCAAGAACCGCCGACAGCGGGACCGUGCUGCCUCAGCCAAGAAAAGACUCCAGAAAGAUUCAUCAUCCCAGCCUCCCAGGGCUGAGAGUCAAGACAUCGUAGGCCUGAGUAACACCCCAUCUCUGCAGGAGCACAGCAGCGCCCUCAGCAGGCAGAGGUAUCCCACCUCAACCAUCAGUGACAGCAAGAGCAGCCUAUGA